AGUAAAAUGAAUAAUAAGCGACGUCAACACUAUCCACCUCUUAAUGGCGGGAGUUUCUUAAUUUUGACAAGGAUUGGAGGAAACAAUGCCUUGAUAGACGACCUUUGUCACGUGAUUGAAAGGCAACAUGUGGGAAGACAUCACCAGCAACACCAUCAGCACCACCAAUCAACACCAGUAUGAUGAUCUCUGCCUCAGAUUAACACAGCAUAAAAGCCAGCAAAUUUUCUCAUGUGGCCACAGGAAGGCAUGCAGUAGAAAGGGGGACAAAUUUACCACAGAAACACCACAGAGUACCACAGAGGCUACAGAAACACAGCCCACAGCCUCCCCACAGCCCACAGACAUUGCACGGCUACAGAAGGAGGUGUUGAGGGGCUGUGAUGAGCUGUGGGGUGGUUGAUGAGGGGUUGGGGGUGGCUGUGAGGGCUGAGGAGGUGUGCCAGGGUGCUGUGGAGGUGGUGGAGGAUGAGGUGCUGGUGAAGGCGUUUAGAAAUGUGGAGGAGAGAGAUGAGGCUGUGGUGGUGCUGGUUGGGAAACUGCUGCUGCUGCCCAGGCUGUACCACAUGCAGGCCAAGCUGUCCACCCCAGUAAUGAACAGCCUCACACACCUGAUGGAGACCCGCGCAGCAGUACUGGUGAACAGCGCCCUCCUGCCGCUGCUGCACCACCUCCCCCCACUCCAGGACCACCACCGGGAUCUCCUAGCACACCUCCUCCCCCUCUGCUCCCCUGCCAUGGCCACCAGCUUGCUCAGAGCCUAUGCAGAGCGCCCACAUCACACAGAGACAGACUUGCCAACUUUCCACCUCCUCUGCGACACAGCGGAGGCGGAGAACCCUGACACACACACAGCGGCCAUGGUGGUGGUGGAGAAGGCCGCAGCACCACACAGGGCCAGCGUGAAGUUUGGGCAGUGUGUCCUGGUGGUGGUGCGCAGGUUUGGCCCACACCUGCACAACCUGGAGGCUCUCAAGGGGGUGGUGAGGGGCCAUGAGUCCAGCUUGAGGAAAGUUGUGGAGCUGCAGCUGAAGAAAGUGGAGAAGAAGAGGUGAUGGUGGUGGUGUUGGUGGUG